CGCUACCCGAUUCUCUCUCUCUUUCUCUCAUCCCCCCCCCACCUCCUCCCCCACGGAUACCUCAGCCAAGAAUCCCCUCCACUUGUAGGGUUUCUUGAUCCCAAUUCUCUUGCUUUCUCCGUCGAUUCUUCCCAUGGGCCCGCGAAUCUAGGGCUUGCGUUUGAGUGGUUCUCUAGACGGUGGCCUGCCGUCUCGACCCGAUCCCUCAACAGGAACUAGCCGAGGAAAUGGGAUCCUAAUCGUCUUAUUGCAGUAGAUCAAGCAUUGCUCAAACGGUUCAAUUUAGCUUCUGAAAGGCAGAAGAAAAGCUUAAGUUGCAUUUGCAGAAAUAAGUUCCAGGAUAUGGGAUGCCUGGCAUCGAAACCGAGAGAUGCAGGUGGAAACAGGAGACGGCCAGGGACAGCUGUGGAGGUGGCCGUGUUUGUACCAGGUUUACGCAUCCCUAAAAGUGUUGACUUAUCUCAGACAUUGGGUAACAGCUUGUCAAGAAAUUUAGUGGAACGCCUCUCAGCUCUGAGAACUCGCAUAGUUGUUAUGGCUGCCCAGGAGGCGCCAACCGUGACAAAGCCUAGGCGGAAGACAGCUACACAACAUGGAGGUUCUUCAUUGGCUGAUCUUCUGCAGGCUUUGGAGGAUUACUUACCAGUGCUACUGGGAUUGGUGAAAAAUGGAAGUCAAUCAAAAGAUAAGGUACAGUUUGUAUGGGUUAAUCAGGAGGAUGUUGCGGAGGAAACAGGGAUGGCAAAUGCUUGGUAUGAGGUGUUGUCAGUUCUACACCUGAUGGCUAUGCUAUGUUUAUCUGAAGCCAAUUCUUUGCUUCUUCCUAAAAUGUCUAAUGAUUGUUAUCAGCUAAAGGUAUCUGAAGAGGACCAACGAACCACCAUUGAUAUUUUCUUAAAGGCAGCAGGGUAUCUGGAUUGUGCUAUUCAGCAUGUUCUUCCUCAAAUUCCUCCCGAGACAAGGGAAGAUCUUCCUCUAGACCUAGCUGAAGGAGUGCUGCGAGCAUUUUGCAUGCAAGCAUUGGGUCAGAGUGUCGAUAUUCAACUUGGGAUGGCGAUAGAUAGUCCCAAGGCCACACUAGCUGUGAAACGAAGGUUGGCAUGUGAGAUGGUCAAGUGCUGGCAUCAGGCCCACAACAGCAUUACACAGGUUCCUUUAACUGAUGGUUGGGGGGGGAAGCAUCACCUGUUUAUUAAGUGGAAAUAUGCUGAAGCAAAGGCUGCUGCAUAUUACUACCAUGGGCUUAUCCUUGAUGAAGGGAAUACAGAGAAGUCUCAUGGGAUGGCUAUAGCUGCUCUGCAAGCAGCAGAAGAAUUCCUCAAAGAAAGCAAAAGGGCUUGUGAAGUCUUCAAUGCAAUGCCUCCUACAUCAAGGAACCCCCCUCUCUGGGGAUCUGCAAGGUAUCUUUUGGAGAAGAUCCCCAAAGAUGCAUCCAGCAAGGCUCGCAUCAAUCAGGACCUCUACAGUCAUGAAAGUAAAGUGCUAUGAGAGAUGCUCCAUAAAAUGGGUGAAUCCAAUGCAAGUGAAAUUUUACUCAUAAAGCUCUUGCCUUCAUUUGAACAUCUUUCAGCAAAAGUAUUUGUUGAAACAGACAACAGAGAUAUCCAUAGAGAAAAGCUGAUCAAGUUGCAGAUGCUGUGGCUCAUAUAGAAAGAAAAAUGAGGAGUUUGGUCCCAAAAAUUGUAGGUAUUUGGAUGUUGAUGGGAUUCUUCUAUCAUAUUAUUACAAUUUUGAAUGAGACUGAACAAACCAUUUUCAGGUAAAUUUCUUCAUACUUCUUAUGUCCUUUUCUUCAUACAUUCUUGUGGUCGUUUUCUUGUAUAAUCUGCUAUUAUUUCAUUUAUGUAUUGCUAAGUAAAUUAAUUAUUGAUGUCUAAGGACCAAUGAAGUAAGUCAAAAACAGAACAUGAUAUUUUAAUAUCAAUUGCAAAGCAGGUACAUCAUAACUUACUUUAAAAAUACAGUCAAACUGGCACUUGUUUAUGCAUUUUCAUGUUUUCUUGGUAUAGCAUUGUUGGUCCCUCUGGACUUGGGUUGGUAUUUCCUUUCUCUAUUUCUUAUUAGGUUUCACAAAAAUGUUUGGACCGGUGGAAGUAUGUAAUUACUUAAAUCAUCAACUUUGUACCCUCAUCUUCCAUCCACUCAAAACUGAUGACAAAUUUUUCUUUCGUAUGCAUAGUUUUUACAAAAAAUUAUAACGCCUGAUCUAGCUUUGUCACUUAAACAUAUUAUCUAAUAAAUAUUUGGAAGUGCAUUUUGAAUAAUUUAACUAGUAUAUUCUGAAUAAAUCAAUACAAAUCUAGCUGUAUGAGAUGGGGUGCAUGACUACAGAAGAUCUAUGUAUCUCCUGUCAAAAGAGAAGAAACAAAAAUGCGGAGGAACAAACGGUAACUCAACCUUCCAUAUGAAAAUAUGCACCUCUGAAGAUAAAAAUGAAAGAAGAAAAUGAAAUCAGAGCUUCAACUUAAACUUGCAGCUGCUUGAUUUGAUGCUAAUCUGAUUGCUGGCACUCAAACUAUUCACCACCAGAUUGCACCUGACUCUGAAGGUCACCUUCCAGAGCUUCAGGCUUCCAAACUUCACCCUCACCGGCACAUCGCCUUUAAAGAGCAGCGGUAUCAUCCCAGUCUGCUGCUGCCGCAGCAACUCGGUGAGAAGCUCGCCGGUCAGCUGGGCCUCACCGGUCAUUAUGAUGUUCAGCACUGUCAUGUUCUGGUGGCCCUGGUAGAACUCCGGGAAGCUCCCCUUGCACAGGCUGCUAUCAGUGUACCACACGCUCAGAUAGCUUCCUUCCUCAUAGUAGAUGCCGAUCUUCUUGUUUGGAUUCCUUGCAGUGACCGUCACGUUGAAGCUGGCCCUGACCAUGUUAUUGUCCACAUUAAAUGCCAAGAUGCCGAGGCGGUCGACCGAGUACUUGGGUAUCUUGGGAUCAAAGAUGAGGUAUAGAAUGCCAGCAGUGGCUCCAAUAAGGAUGAUGAGUAUGACAAUGAUGAGGGUGGUGCAGCACAAACACUUGCAGCAACAGUAGCAGCUCCUCUUCUUCUUGGCUUGCUCUGCAUGGGCCACUGGGAUGGUGCCAUGCAACCGAGCACAUCGAUCGGUAACAUCAUGCUUUUCGGAUUGCGAGAAGCUGUGGGAUGCUUGUGGAGCUGAUGGCGAUGGAGAUCCGACGUCCACCGGAUGAAUUCUCUGGUGAUCAGCCAUACCUGAGCCUGAUUCUUGGCCACCCAAAAGUUAAAUAAGUUGGGUGUUGUUCUCCUACGCUCCAGUUCUAACCUGAAAGCCUUGCGUUGGGAUGCUCCCUCAAAGUCUCUUAAUGGGUUAUAUGGAUGGUUGCAGGCUUCGGAUUCUAGUUUUGUACGCUCCCAUGCUUGACUUUUGUUUUUUUUAGGUGUCGUGGUAAGUAGUGGGGUGCCUUCCAGCCACCUAAUUGAAUUCGUUAGCAACUUCUAUUAAAUGUUUUAACUACGGGUUUGUUUGGAACAUGUUGUGCGAAUAGGAUAUACUAUUCAUCUGGACC